AUGCCGGCCAGUAAGACUUGGAUUGCGGGAAACUUCUUCAAGAGAGAAUGUGUGAAAUUCAUUCCAGCAUCCUGGGACACCCACAGAUGUUCCUCAGUUUGUCAGGUGUGCCAAAAUCUAAUCAGGUGCUGUUGUGGGAGGCUCAUAGGGGAGCACUCGGCAUUCACACCCAGGACCCUGAGCCUCACCCAGGCAGAGCUCACUCAAGAUGCUGGGGAGUGGUCCGUGGAGCUCCACACCAAAACCAGUCCAACAGACGCUUUUGGCUCGAUAGACUUCCAGGAUAGCGCAAAGAGGUCUUGUCGGGCCAAGUACGUGAGGCUGUCGUGUGACACCAGAACGGAGCAACUCGUGCACCUGAUGCUACGAGAGUGGCAGAUGGAGUUGCCCAAGCUGGUGAUCUCUGUCCAUGGCGGGGCCGAGAACUUCGCUCUGCCCCCCAAGGUGUCACAGGCUUUCUGCAAAGGGCUCAUCCGAGCAGCGGAGAGCACAGGGGCUUGGGUAUUCACAGAUGGCAUCAACACAGGGGCGUCCAGGUACGUUGGGGAAGCCAUGAAAGAGUAUGGCACCCAUGACCUGCGCAAGAGGAACGCUGUGGGGAUCACACCUUGGGGAGCCAUUGAGAACCACACUGACCUCAUAGGGAAAGAUGUGCUUAGGCCCUAUCAGACUGUGGGGAACCCACUGAGCAAGCGGGCCUGUUUAAACGGCUUCCACUCCCACUUCCUGCUCGUGGACGAUGGCACUCUGGGAAAAAAUGGCGGACAACUGGAUCUGAGGAAGAGACUUGAGCGCCACAUCCGCUCGCAGAAGAUUCACCCCAGACUGUGCCAGGGUGUUCCUGUGGUGUGUGUGGUGGUAGAGGGUGGUCCGGGCAUCUUGGCUCAGGUGCUGGAGUACGUGAAGAGCUCUCCCCCGGUGCCCGUCGUUGUGUUUGAGGGCACUGGGAGGGCAGCCGACCUGCUGGCAUUUGUGCACAAACAGACCGCUGGAGACAGACAGAUGGAUAGAGACAUUAAAGAUGACCUGCUCCUGAGGAUCCAGGACGUGUUCAGCACGGGCAAGAUGGAGGCCAGUGAACUCUACGGCCUCCUCAUGGACUGCAUGGACCACCGAGAUGCUGUCACAAUUUUUGACUGUGACUCUGAGGAUCAGCCUGAUGCAGAUGUAGCCAUUUUGACAGCCUCACUAAAAGGCAUGCAGGCCUCCGCCCUGGAGCAGCUGAGCAUGGCUCUGGCCUGGGACCGAGCAGACGUGGCCAAGAAGCACAUCCUGGUGUACGGACAGCACUGGCAGGUCGGCUCCCUGGAGCAGGCCAUGCUGGAUGCCCUGGUCUUGGAUCGUGUGAGUUUUGUGAAGCUGCUCAUUGAGAAUGGCAUGACGAUGACCCGCUUUCUGACAGUUUCCCGCCUGGAAGAACUGUACAAUACGCACCAGGGUCCAACAGAUACUUUUCUUCACCACUUAAUUGAGGAUGUCAAAAAGCAUGUCCUCCCAGCUGGGUACAGGAUCUCCCUGAUAGAUGUGGGCCUGCUGAUUGAGUAUCUGAUCGGAGGAGCCUACCGCAGCGCUUACACGCGCAAGAACUUCCGCGCCGUCUACAGUCGUCUGUGUGCUCAGGAGAAACCGGACACUCCGUCCGAGCCGAAGGUGGGCCCGAGCGCCGAGCUGAGUGAGCCUGCUCUCUACGUUUACAACUUCAGCGACCUGUUUGUGUGGGCGGUGCUGAAGCGGCGCCAGCAGAUGGCGCUCUUCCUGUGGCAGCACGGGGAGGAGGCCAUGGCCAGGGCCGUGGUGGCCUGCAAGCUCUACCGCGCCAUGGCCAACGAGGCCAAGGAGAGCAACAUGGCCGACAGCCUCGCGGAUCAGCUGAAGACCUACUCGCUAGAGUUUGGGCAGCUGGCUGUGGGCCUGCUGGACAAGGCCUUCCGGGAGAAUGAGCGCAUGGCCAUGAAGCUGCUGACGUCCGAGAUGAAGGACUGGAGCCACUUCACCUGCCUGCAGAUGGCCGUGUCGUCCGGCCUGAGGGCCUUCGUGGCCCACUCCUGCACCCAGACGCUGCUGACCGACCUGUGGGUGGGCCGGCUCAACAUGAGGAAGAACUCCUGGUUCAAGAUCAUCCUGUGCAUCCUGGUGCCAGUGUCCAUUCAGCUGUUGGAGUUUAAGAGCCAGGCGGAGAUGUCGCACGUUCCUCUGUCCCAGGAAGCACUGCACUUUGGAUUGGACAGUCGUGGCCUUGACGCAAACGAAUCACAAGGAGGACCAAAGGCAGGGUACGAUGCCGAGAAAGCGUCGGAACGCCGGGAAUGCUCCUCAGAUCUCUUCUCACAGUGGAUUCAGUGGCUAAGGAAGUUGUACGACUUCUACAACGCUCCAGUGGUCAAAUUCUGGUUCCACACCAUGUCCUACUUGGCUUUCCUCAUGCUGUUCUCCUACACGGUCCUGGUGCGGAUGGAGGAUCAUCCCAGUCCUCAGGAAUGGCUGGUCAUUGCUUACAUCAUAUCAACAGCAGUAGAGAAGGCCAGAGAGGUGUUGAUGUCAGAGCCUAGAAAGUUAAGCAAGAAACUGAAGGUGUGGUUCAGCGAGUACUGGAACGUCUCCGACUUUGUCGCCAUCUCCCUCUUCCUGGUGGGGUUGGCGCUGCGGUGGGACCCGUCGUGGCGGGCGGCCGGGCACGUCGUCUACUGCCUGGACGUCAUCUUCUGGUUCGUCCGGGUCUUGGACCUGCUGGCUGUCAAUCAGAAUGCUGGUCCUUACCUCACCAUGAUCACAAAGAUGACCAGCAACAUGUUUUUCAUUGUGAUCAUGAUGGCCAUCGUUAUUUUGAGUUUUGGAGUUUCCCGGAAGGCCAUCCUCUCUCCCGAUGAGGAGCCAUCUUGGACUCUGGCCAAAGACGUGGUCUUCCAACCCUACUGGAUGAUCUUCGGAGAGGUUUACGCCGGUGAAAUCGAUUCCUGUGCAAACAGUAGCGCCUCUUGUGUUCCUGGUGCCUUCAUCACUCCAUUCCUCCAGGCUGUGUACCUCUUCUUCCAGUACAUCAUCAUGGUCAACAUCCUCAUAGCUUUCUUCAAUAAUGUCUACUUUGACAUGAAGUCCAUCUCCAACCAGCUGUGGCAGUACCACCGCUACCGCUACAUCAUGACCUAUCAGGAGAAGCCGUGGCUGCCGCCGCCCCUCAUCCUGCUCAGUCACAUGACCCUGUACGCGAGGAAGGUCUGCAGGAAGAGCCUGGGAGCCUCGGGGCAGGAGCAAGACUCUGGGCUGAAGCUGUUCUUGGCCAAUGACGACUUGAAGAAAUUGCAUGAGUUUGAAGGGAGAUGUGUGACAGGAUAUUUCUUUGAGAAAAAUGAAAACCUGCACUCUAGCCAAAUCAACAGGAUCUGUUACACAGCAGAAAAGUCUGGAGAGAUGACCGUACUGCUGGGUGAGGUGGCUGAGAAGGUCCACUUCAUUCAGGACAGCCUGCAGACACUGGACACCCAGCUUGGCCGUCUCCAAGACACGUCUGCCGUGGCAGUGGACACCCUUAGCCUGCUCGCUGCUUCCGACGACUACCAGCAGAGGGCAGCAUUAUACGGCCUGCACAGACCAAUCAGCAGCUCCCACCUGGAGGUACUUCACAGCUGGUGUCUACCAAGAGGUGGCAGCGCGCCCCCCAGCCAUUCGGUCUUGGCCCAGAGGCCCUACAGCAGCCAUCCAGCCUCCCUGCUGGGUAGCCUGGGCGUGGGCCAGCAAUCUCUCCCCCUGGGGUGGCAGCACCAGAGGAGCAGUGAGGGCAGUGAGAAGGACUCUGGUGGUGAAGAGCCGUGGAAGUCCAAGCCCUGUCCUGUGCACCCGAGGUCACUCCACGACGCCCUCUCCUCGGGGUGCUGCCCACUCUCCCAUGAUUCCCUGCCCCAUCUGGUCGGGUGGAGGGACCGGACUCCUCUCGGGGCGUGCGGGCCGUGCCGCGCCAGCAUCCCGCUGGUGCCCUGGAGCUCCGAGGCUGCGGACCAGCACCAGCACCAGCAGCAAGCCAGAGCCUGGCACCAUGACUCCCACCUGCCCCCCAGCCGGGAGGAGUCUGCCGACGAGAUCGAGGAAGAGGAAGAGGACGAGGACCAAGAGGAAGAGCGGAGCAACUCCGCCGAAAUGAGCUUGUCCAGAACGUCCAGCCACGCGGUGCUGCUGUCAGACUCUCCGGUAGACCGAGGCCGGCACAUUGGCCUGGUGAACCUGGGCUUCAGUGGAGACGAUGAGCUCGCUCUGACUCCGUGUAAGCAGCGCUGCCGGAAGUCCUCGCGGUGGAAGUCCUCCCAGCACAGCCGCUCCCUUUCAGCGAGCGUGGAGAACAUGGCCUUCCUGGGAGCUCUGCCAGUCUCUCUCCCCCCCUCGGCACUGGCAGGUGACAGCCCUAGUGUGGAUCAUGUCAGCGAUUCAGGGAAGGACACACCUACAUCUCCGUUAAGUCAGAACAGAGAAUUGUCCAAGUCUGCUGACCUUACUGAAUCCCUGGAGGGUAAGAAAACAGUCUGUGGAAGGAAGACAGUGAAAAUCCAGGAGGAGAACUCAGAACAUGUGAGAGAGUUGUAUUCACACACUUCAGACUGCUACAAAAGAGGCAGAUGCCAUGGGAGAUUCCCUGCUCUACGGAAGUGCUCGACCUCUGCCAGCCUAUCACAACUGAGUUUUGACCAUGUUGACUUAAUGCAGAGGUUUGCACAAUCUUUUCAGGACACAAGGAGCCCGAGUCAGUCUUUGUGGAGCAGCUGGGCGAGGUCAAAUAGCCGAAGGUCCUCGAUCCAAAGUGGAGCUAUAUCUGAGGUGAGAGGCGCCACCUUCCAGUCGACGGAGGACCUACACCCUCACUACUCAGCAAUGGAGCGCAAUAACUUGAUGAGGCUGGCUCAUACCAUUCCCUUCACACCAGUGUCUUUGAUGGCCGGUGAGGAGGUGUCAGUCUACACCUUGGAGGAGACGCAGUCAGACGGAGGAGGAGGCGCCGGGAGCAGGGCCCUCAGCGUGUCCUCGUGGUCUCCCCGCGGGCGCUCGGCCAUCCUCCAGUCGCUGUCCCACGAGGGGGUGCUGGACGGCGGCCUGCGGCGAGCCUGGCGAGUGGUCUGCACCUGGGCAGAGGAGGGCGUCCUGAAGCCGGGCUGUGUUUACGUGGUCAAGGCCUUCCGUCCAGAGGUGGUCCGAAUGUGGCAGAGGGCCUUCCACAGCGAUACCGCUCUCCGUCUGUGUUUACGGGAAAUCCAACAGCAGAGAGCUGCCCAGAAACUCAUGUAUAUUUUCAACCAGCUGAAGCCUCAGAGCAUGCGUUACUCUCCCAGAUUUCUGGAUGUGUCCCUUGUGCACUGGCACGGUGAUGACCAGUGGCUGACCAUUGAGAGGAACAUGGCUGGAGAUUUCCGGAAGUACAACAACAACACUGGCGAGGAGAUAGCGUCCUGCUGUGGUCUGGAGGACACAGUGCUGGCCUUCUCUCACUGGACGUUUGAGUACUCCUGCCAUGAGCUGCUGGUCCUAGACCUGCAAGGUGUGGGGCUGGAGCUCACUGACCCAUCAGUCAUCCGAGCCGAUGAUGACCAGAGCUCAUCCGCUGAUAUGGUGUUUGGGCCGGCUAAUUUGGGAAGUGAUGCCAUUCAGAGCUUCAUCCGCAAACACAACUGUAACUCCUCUUGUGAAAAACUUGGGCUUUCAGACUUGAGGAGGAGGCCCAGCCACGGGAGCGACGCGGAGGCUUCUGAGGAGGAGAGCGACACCAUCGUGACUCGCAUGUGACCUCCGCAUCAGGAGACAAAAAACUCGUGUUAGCGCCCCGGGGUUCCGGGAUACUGUGUGGACAAGUCUCAACCUGCUGGAGUCAGAAGGUGCUUCUCAACAUCUCUCCUCGAUCCUCGAGGGGCGUUCCCACUGAUCUAUAACUAACACUGGAUAGACUAUCCCAUUGUUUUCGCCCCAUCAUUCUUUAUGUAGAUCAGUGAGGAUCGAGUCCCGAGGGGUGAGGGAGGACGUAUAAAAAAGCCCAAAUGAGAGGCACCCAGAGUCUUGAGGUAGUCUGACGCGAUUUCUUAAAUAGGUUUAUUCGUGGGCUUUACCUGCCUUCAUUGAUAGGGCAGUGGAGAGUAGACAGGAAAUGAAUGGGAGAGAGAUGGGGUGUGGGAUUGAGUAAUGAGCUCAAGCCAGACUGGAACCUGGGUCUUAUGUGUCCUUUUCCACUGCACGGUAUCAGCUCAACUCGACUUUACUCGCUUUUUUGGGUUUUCCAUUAGCUAAAGCUGGUACCUGGCACUAUUUUUGGUAUCGCCUCCAUUGAGGUUCCAAGCGAGCUGAGCCGGUACCAAAAGGUGACGCUAAUGACAUUACAGUUGUUUUCUUCAGCAUUGCUGUGGCAAUCAGCUAGCUUAUAGGGGUACUUUGUUGCAGUGGAAAACGAACACCCGGUACAUCGAGUAGAGUAGAGUGAGUCGAGUCGAGUGGAGCUGAUACCAUGCAAUGGAAAAGCCCCAUUGGUGAGCGCUGGACCCGUAAUGUGGUAAUAGACACUGCUGCGUGCACAUUUCAAUAUGCCUCUCGUUUCAGUCUAAGACGUCACUGAUGCCACAAACAGAGAAGCAUUUGUCAUGUCUGAUGUGAACAACAUCAUGGUGAACUACCUACUUCUGACAUCUGUAACAUCAUGUUGUGGAGAAACAACACUAUCUUGAGUAAACAGCAAAUGACAUAUAAUAACUACAGAAGCACUCAGAGAGUGCAGACUUCCGCCAAGCGAUAACUUGGAUCCAGACCGUAAUACGGAUCACAUCCAUUACUUUUUGAGUUAUCUUGCGAACAAACAAACAGACAGACAAACAAACAAACCCUGAUAAAAACAUAAGCUCCUUGGUGGAGGUAAUUAUAGGGAUGAUGUUGAGGCACAUACUAGUCACAUGGAGGCUGCAUAACACUGCACAGUUCAGUUCUCACUUCGGACAAACUGUAGCGGCAGUCACUAAUGGAAAUAUGACGUUGUAUAUUCAGUUUGACUAGGCACUGUAUAUUCAAUAUGACUGCACUGUAUAUUUAUAUGCUUGGAUAUAACAGCACAGUGUAUGAGUAUAUUUUUAAAGAUAGAUUAGUGUUCUUACAUUGAGUUUUUUAAGUGUUCAAAACUUUUUUUAUUUUUAGUUGUAUAGUUUUUUUUGUUUUUGUUUUUUUAAAUAUCUCCAAAAGUUUGUCUAAAAAUGUGCUAGGCCCUUCCCAACAUAAGUGCAUUUAUUACAGUGUACCACAUUAUGUGAUAUACCAUUAUAAAUACACUCAUCUACAUAUAGUCAUUUCAACUCUAAAUGUAAUGCAAACUUUAAACAUAAAGCUCUGUAAUUAUAAUACAUACUCUAUAUAUGUCUGGAAAAACUAUAUACACUGAAACUGCAUACUCAAAUGUCUACUUACAGGCUCAACCACUAGAGGUCCUCUUGUGCUCAAAUAUUGUCAGGACGUCUUUAUAACGCUGACAUGUAGUGAUGGGACAUGUCUGUUAUUACCACCUCAACCAGAUCUCAAGUGCUGUACUUAUGGUACUGUCUGUAAAAAUAAUUGUUAACUUUUAACUUUAAAUAUUUGUGUUCACUUCUUGACCUUGAUCUGUGAUGUCACUAAAGUAUUGGAUUUGGUAGUGUUUCAGUAAUGUAAUUAUGUAACACACAGUGUUAGUUCAUGCAAGUAAAAAAACACUGUUGAUGUUUAAGAGGUUUGUGAAAAGAACGGUUUAUUUUUUUGUAUGGGUCUCAUCUCUAAAGAAAUCAAACACAGCCGAAGAAUGCAUCCAUAAAAUGUUUAUUUUUUUCCCACAAAGAAUUGUCUACAAAAGCGAUAAAAUAUAGAAUUUAACAAAAAUCACUUCAGUCCUUCACUUAAUAUGUACAACUUGAAGGAGGAGACACUUUUAAGACUUUGACUGACUUCGAACUUUCACCCAACCCUCUCCACAAAGCUGGGAAUUCAAAUAUUAUCACCCCUAAGUACUUGCAAAACACUCUCUCUCACGCACACACACACGCCCACAUAUACACACAAAUACACACAGUCAAGCUUGGCAAUUAUUUCUCACCCUCUGGUACAUUUAAUGGAGCUUUGUGGACAUGAGGAUGCAUCAAAGUUCACCGUCAGUCUCGGCCAGCUCACCAAGAAAUACAAACAGUUUGAUUUCAUUUAUAUUAACGCCCACUUUCUGAAUUCCCACUUCUGAUUGGUUCUCAAGUAAACAUUAUGCAGUAAAGCAUCUAUCCCGGCUGGCCAUUCAGCUUCUCAACACUCUAGCUAUGGCACUUGGAAAAAAAUUCUUGUCCUUCUUUAUUAGUACAU